GUCCUUGGAUCUGGUCCUUGGGUCGGAUCCUCAACGGGUCCGAGCGAGAUCUGCCAGGUAGAUCAUGGCGCUCCAGGAGAGGCACCGAUGGAUGGCGGCCAACGUGGCCGCGGCCUUUGGCAUGUCGGACAGGGUCCAUGUCGUCGAACAAGUCCUGGGCGAGUACAACAACUUGAAGAAGUUAAACGACUUCCUCGAGGGAAAGAGCAAGCACAAGCACGUUUUCGUGUACUAUCAGCGGCCUGACGUCAUCAACGACGCCAACGAACUAGUAGAUGCCAAAGGGGAUGCAAAGCUCAUGAUUACCACGGGCGAGCACGAAGAUGUGAGGAUCAAGAACAGAGCUGUUUACUUCCUCCGAAACGUCGCGGACUCGAAGCCCGUGAAGGCGGACGUGGCCUCAGACGGCGACCUGCUGUUCGGGGAGAUGGCAGCCUCGCCGCUGGAGAGUCUCAACACAGGCCUGCUGGACGUGUUCAAGCCGCUGGUGAGCCAGGUUUCCACGGAUUGGUCCUCCUGCGAGCCGGAGCAGGCAAACGAGUUCAAGACAACCUUCGAGAAGUUCACUAUCGAGUUGUCGCAGGGCAUCCAGUCCCUGUCGGGGGGCAUCGACCUGCCGAGCCCGGAGCCCACGGAGGUGGAUUUGCGGAACCAGACGCUGAACGACGUGGCAAAGGACCACCCCGAGUUGGUGACCAAGUACGGGCAGCUCUUGGAGGUGUGGUGCCGCCAGAUCGAGCAGUAUCUGGAAACCACACUGGAGGGCCAGCAGAAGGACUCUGGAGAUGCCGGCCCCCGCACAGAGCUGGACUUCUGGCGGAAUCGGCUUCAGAAGAUCACCUCCAUCACCGAGCAGCUCAGGACAAAGGAGAGGAAGAUGGUUUUCGGCUUGCUGCGCACCAUCACAAAUGCGAGCCAGGAGGUGGCGCCGAAGAAUCGCCAAUCUGUGUUCAAUACGCUGCGCAGAUGGAAGCAGAUUGAGAUCGCCAUCACGGAAGCCUUCAACGAGGCCAAAGACAACGUCAAAUAUCUCACCACCUUAGAGAAGUUCAUCGAGCCCUUGUACACCGGCACGCCCAGCACCAUCAUCGACACGCUGCCAGCAUUGAUGAAUGCGGUGAAGAUGAUCCACACCAUCGCCCGGUAUUACAACACCACUGAGCGCAUGACCAACCUUUUUGCCAAGAUCACCAACCAGAUGAUCACCAACUGCAAGGAGUGCGUCCUGGAAGGCGAGGAGUCGGAAUCCUUGUGGCACAAAGAUCCGCUGGUGCUCAUCAAGAACCUGUGGUCCUGCAUCCGCCUCAACGAGGAGUAUCAG